CGGAUGUAAGAACACGUUUUUCUCUCGAAGAAACUCAAGUCAUCGUUUACCUUCACAGUACUUUCCCUAAAAAUCUUUGAAGCUUUUACCAACAUAUUUAAGAUGGCAGAUAAGGAUAUUCCUGUUAGAAGUUAUGCUGAUGCUUUGAAGAUUGCCAAAGAUGCUGGAGCCAGCACUACUAUCACAUACUACCCAUCUCUGCUAACACAUGUACCUCGAUGCAAUAGUUUUUUUCAAAGAAUGGCAGGUUGCCCAUACAAGGAAAGAAGUGCAAUCUUGGGUGAUUACUUUAACCUUGUUUCUCGAGGUGCUGCACCAACUGCUGGUAUGCUCUGGCUACACAGUCCAACAUUCUUUAAUGCAGCAACUAAUGCUCUCACCGAUGACAUAACUAGACCCUUAGACCAGAUAUAUGAGAACUUUGUGAAUGGUGAGGUAGGCACAAAGGACUCGCUAAGAAAAUAUAAGACUGCUGCCACUGCCUUUAGGAAAAAUUUAAGACAGGAACUUAACUAUCCUGAAUUCUUAGCAAUAGAAGGUAGGACAGUUGCAGAAGUGUUUGCUAACCAGUCUGUAUUAACAUACUUAAACAAGAUGUUAGAGAUAAUGAAAAAGCAAAGGGCAAAACGAUUAGCUAGUGGUGGUGCAGUCAAAAAACCAUGUCCUGCUUAUGUGGAUGAUUUUAUAUUCUGGCUUGAAAAUCCAACACUAGAUUACAUUGGAAGAGUACCCAUUGAUAAGAGACAGGCCACAUUCAGAAAAGAAGCAAUAAGACUACCAGGAGAAGAUGAUAGGAAUUUCAAUGGUCGUGGUUUCCUUUUACUCUCCACUGCCAUUGCUUACCAUACACAGAAACGGGAUAGUGCAUUCAUAGAUAAGAUUAAUGUGCCUGAUAACUCUCUGGUCCAAACUGCAGUGAAUGAAGCAAAACUUUUAGUAGCUGGACUGGAAGUACAGGAGGCCAGCCUGUUCCAGCAACAAAUAGCAGCUGCCGACAUUAUUUUCAACACUUUUUACUGGCUCAAGAAACUAGGAGUACUAGACAGAAAUGCAUAUAAACUAGUCAAUAAGUUUAUGUACAUCAUAGGCACAGCACCUAUUGGUACUAAAAAAAGAGCAGAAUUGGUGAAGACAAGUAGGAGUAGUUUAAUAAGGAAAUUUUCAGAUUUUACAACUGUAAUCACUAACAUCUAUACACCUCCGUUCAUAUGCACCUAUGGAAGGUUUGAUGACAUGAUACCAGUGAUGGGUUCUGUGUGUGUCACUGACUUUGAAAAGUCUUUGCAUAAACAGGCAUCUAGUAGGCGAAAUAAUAUAAAUAUGAGACUGGAUGCUGAUGAAACACUUCGGAUUGUCACAGACCUAUUUGCUCUGGAAGAGAUUGCCAAUUGUGCAGAAGGUGCAAACAUCUAUCGCAGCUGCCAUUUACUUCACCAAUUACUAUUUUCCAAAAAGUCGCCGUAUGAAUAUGCUGCAAACAAAAUAGGGAAUGCACUUCAAGUUAGAUUUUAUAAACGAGGUUCAAUCUUUGAGCAUCAAGCAAAGCCAUCUACCAGUGGAGCUGUGGGCACCAGUGGUACUACUUGUGGAACAGAGUAAAAAAAGAGAACAGAGCAUGGCACUGGAAGUAGCCAAAUUGACUAAAAGAGGUCAUGGGACAAGAACAUUAACUAGCAAUGUCACUAGUUAUGUUCUUGUUUGUAAGUUAAGUCAAGUCGCUUAUCUUAAAAUAAUGUUAAUUUUAGUUUUCGUGAGUGUGCACUGUGGAUGGAAGAAGAUAUGUAGCAGAGAGGAGAGUCAACCAUCACCAGGGUUAAGGAAGUUACAGUGCUGAAAGAAAAUCUGUUUCCAUUGAAGAAAUAACGAAAAAGGAAGAGGACUAACUAUUGUGUAAAGAUCAUCAACAGUUGUAUCGUUUGUAAGUUGAUUGGGUACUCUGUUUCCCAAAUUUUUCUUGUGAAAAUUUUUGUCAUCAGAUUUAUACCGCUUGUCGGGAAAAGCAGGGCCUCAUGUUAGGAAGGAAAUUUAGAAGGAGUAAUAUCUAGCAAUAUUAUUAUUGUGACGCUAUCAGUUUCUAUUAUUGAACUGUGUAUUUGUAUUAAUAUUGUAC